AUGCCGAUCCUCAAUUUCCUGCGAAAAGUCGUCAACAUUGUCGCGCCGCCGCCGCCAAAGUCCACAGACGGACGCGACCAGUGGCCAUCGCGAGCGGCGUUCCUCCUAGCCGCAAUGGGUGGGUGUGCCGGCCAGGGAAACCUCCUCCGCUACCCAUCGGUGGUGUACAACAACUACGGGUUACAGUGGUUCAUCCCCUACCUUCUGGCCGUGACUUUGAUUGCGAUCCCGGCUCUCAUCCUCGAAAUCAGUGUCGGACAGGCUUACCGUGGAGGAACGGUAAUCGCUUUCAACAACAUUAACAAAAGGCUCCGAGGCGUCGGCCUCGGGCCGGUUAUUGUGAGCUUCAUCGUCACUCAGUAUUUUACAGUCAAUCUGGCGUGGAUCAUGACCUAUUUCCGCCACAGCUUCACCUCGCCCCUCCCAUGGACAGGCCGCAUUGAAGAGUUUUACAACAAGAACGUCAUCGCAAACCCAGAACCGAUACUGGGAGCACUGUCCGAUGACGGCAAGAGUGUCCUCUCUUUCACGAAAUACCCCUACAUCAACCUCAUUGGCGAGACUGUUGGGUGGUCGGCGUUUGUGUGGCUGCUCAUCUGGCUGAGUAUCUGGCGUGGUGUCGGUCUCACCGGCCGCGUGGUUUGGUUUACCAUGGGAUUGCCGAUCGUCACGACCAUCAUCUUUGUCGGCCGCUCGCUCUCUCUCGAAAAUGCCAGUGCAGGCGUGCGCUUGGUGUGGGCGACGUGGCGCUCGGACCAACUCCGCUCCGGCACCGUGUGGCAGACGGCUGUCGGCCAAGUGUUUUUCUCAACAGGCGUCGGUUUUGGCUACUUUACCUCGUACGCGAGCUACAACCAGAAGCACAGCAACGCCGUCAUGGACGCCAUCCUCAUUUGCAGCUCCAACGUGCUCUUUGAGAACUUUGCCGCCUUUGCCGCCUUUGGCGUCAUCGGCUACCUCCGCCGCUGGCCGCAGGACGGCGUUCGCCUGGGUGCCUUUGUGCUCGGUUUCCUCACCCUCCCCGAAGCGGUCCUGCACAUGCCGGGUUCCAACUUUUGGGCCGUACUCCUCUUCUUCACACUCAUCGUACUCGGUUUCUCAAGUGCGUUUGUCAUGCUCGACGUCGUUGCGACCAUGUGGGUCGAUUCGGGAACAAAGCUCUCCCGACCAACCAUUGUCACUACCCUCACCCUCGUCUCGUUCCUCAUGUGCCUGCCCUACUGCACCCAGUUUGGCUACUACUUGCUCGACGGAAUCGACAGGUGGAUAAACAACGUCGCUCUUGUCUGUGUCGUGUGGUCCGAGGUGGUCAUGUCCACUACCGUAUACCGCUGGACCGACGUGAGGGAUCAGGUCGGCCUCCCCGCCUUUGUGGUGUACAACGUCGGUUUCUUCGGCGCACAAGUGUUUGGAAUCGCCCUCGCACACGGUAUCGGCAACCCUGGCGCCGGCGCCGGCGCCGGUAUCGGCUUCUGGGCCGUCAUGUCGGUUAUCGCGACCCUCAUUGCUGAACAGCCCAUUUCGCCGGCACCGCGAAAGUGGAACCGCCGCUUCAUCGACCGAUUCUGGUACCUCGCCUUCUACACUGGCAACCAGCUGCGGCGGGACCUCAACGAGAUUGUUGGCCAGGGCCGCAACUGGAAGAUCCCAGUCUUUGUGCCCUUCCUGUGGCGCUACGUCUCGGGUCCGGUCCUCGCCAUCAUCUUCAGCUUUGCGUUCCCCGAAUUCCACACGCUCCGUUACGACCCGAUGAUGAUCGCCGGCUUCAUCCUCUCUAUCCUCACACUCACUACCAUGAUCGCCGGCUUUGUUAUGCCGCGCUAUUACGGCAAGUUUAUGUCGCCGGAGCGUCGUGACGAGGGUAGCGAACCAACAACUGCGAACACACUCAAGCUUGACCUUGACGAGUCCGUGAGCUCAGGCUUGUCUGUAGACGACUCAUCUUUGGAUGGCAUAGAUAACGGCGUUAAUAACGAAAAGUAG